GAGCGCGGACGCCAGGGAAACCUGCACGCGGAUCCCGACCCUUCCUGCUCCUCCGCGCAGGGCCGGCGCGGAAAGCCCCGCUUACCUGCGUGCCUUCUUAACGGGCUCUGAAGUCGGACGGACGCCCUUCUUCCGGACGCUCUGACCAACUCAUGUGGACAGGUUUUGGCAAAAAUUCACUUAUCCCUCUGUGUGUGGGGGCAAAUGGAGCACAGAAUCGGAGGCUUUGACUGCACGUAGGAUGCACGGAGCGGUGACGGUUAACUAGCGCUGCUUUUCACUUGGAGCUGGGGGUCGUUAACGUGGCUCUUUGGAAACAAGCUGUUGUUAUUGGGUACUUGGGGUGUUAGAAUGGGGUGCAGUUUAGGCAGCGCCACCAGCCGCUUGGGCUUCCCGUGAUGACGGGGCUGGACACACAGUGGCCUCACCCACGCCUAGCUAGGGGCAGCUGUUUGGUACCCAGGCUGAAUUCCAGGAACCAGCAAGAAGGGAUUUCAGAUUGGCCCAGCAUUUUAGCAGAAAGCGGUGGAUGUAACUUCUGUUUUCUCCAAGCAGAGAUCCAGGUGCCACUUCAGGGCAGAAACCUUCAGGCCAAGCGGGGGUGGGAGGAGGGGGCCCUCUCCAGGGUCCCCCCUACUUCCUGCGUACCUGCGUUUCUCUUACAUAAUCUUCUGAUGUGUGCAGAGUUUUAAAAUUCCCGGUUUAUCACCUACACUUCUAAACGACAGUGAGGACAGCUGAGAUGUGUUAGACGACUUUUUUUGUGGGGCAGGGUACAUUGUUGGAAGUUUCGUGCCUGUGGAUGGAGCCUUCCGCUGUUCACGCAGGAUUUUAUCUUCCGUGUCCCGGUUUCUUCUCACUGGAGCCUGUGUGCGCCUUAGAUAACUAUUUAUUUAAACCUGUUUCCUCCA